AUGGAAAUGGGGUCCGAUGAAAAAGUAGGGCUAAUGAGUGGAAGGUUUGUAUGGGUGAAGGGUUUAUUUGCAAAAUUGGUGGAAGUUGCAAACAAGACAAGAGCUUUGGGGAAGGAUGAUCCAAGAAGGGUUAUUCAUUCACUCAAAUUAGGGCUUACACUCACAAUUGUCUCAAUGCUUUAUUAUUAUAAACCACUUUUCGCAAACUUUGGAGUUUCUGCAAUGUGGGCUGUCAUAACUGUCGUUGUUGUUUUUGAAUUUUCAGUAGGAGCAACGCUGGGAAAAGGGCUGAAUAGGGCAUUUGCAACACUGUUUGCUGGUGCUUUAGGAGCUGGAGCUCAUCACUUAGCUGCCUUGUCUGGGCAUGUUGGCCAGCCAAUCAUUACCAGUAUCUUUGUCUUUUUACUAGCGUGCAUAUUGACGUUUAUGAGGUUCUUUCCGAGCAUCAAAGCGAAAUAUGAUUAUGGAAUGAUGAUAGGCAUUUUAACAUUCUCAUUUGUAUCAAUAUCUGGGGUUGGAGAUGAUGAAAUACUUUUGCUUCUCCAGAAGAGGGUUUCAACGAUCUUCCUUGGUGUGUGUGUUUGUGUUGUCAUAUCCAUUUUUAUUUCCCCAUUUUGGGCUGGCCAAGAUCUCCAUAAUCGCAUUGCUCUCAACAUUGAAAACUUAGCCCUAUUCUUCGAAGGAUAUGGAUCAGUUGAAUACUUCAAAACUUUACAAGAUAGAGAGGCUAAAGAUGACAAAAGUAUUCAAGCAUAUAAAAGUAUUCUAAAAUCAAGUGGCAUCGAAGAUACAUUGUAUAAUUUCGCAAGGUGGGAACCUGGCCACGGAUGUUUCCAGUUUCGUCAUCCAUGGAAGCAAUACCUAAAAAUCGGAGCCCUAACUUAUCAAUGUGCCUUUAGAAUCGACGCCCUUCAUCGCAAUCUCUCUUCUUCUAGUUUCCAAGUUUCACAAGAGAUUCAAACACAAAUCCAAGAACCAUGUAUGGAGAUGAGCAUGGAAACAGGGAAAGCAUUAAGGCAGCUUGUUUCAUCCAUAAGAGAAAUGACUCAACCAACUCUAGCUGAAAUCCACACAAACAACUCAAAAGCAGCCGCCAAAAAGCUCAAAGCCUCACUCAAAUCAUCACGUUUGUGGGAAAAUUGUGAUCUCUUGACACUCAUCCCAGCAGCCAACGUCGGUACGCUGCUCGUCGACGUCGUCGAUAUCACCGAAAAAAUUGCAGAGGCUGUUCAAGAACUUGCCUCUUUGGCCCAUUUCAAGGCUGCCAAGCCUGCAGAUUCAGCAAUACAAAGUGAAAAGGAAAAAUUGGAACCCAACAUUGGUGUUUCUUUUGUUACAAUACCCAUUAGUAGUGGGUGAAAUUUGAGUGUAAUUAGAUGGC